UCCCGCCCUCCCGCCGGGGUGACGCGGAUCCGGAGCGGGCGGGCUGGCGUGCGGGCUGGGACAGCCAUGGCGGACACACUGAGCCAGCUGUACCUCGGGGCGGGGCUGACGGUCCUGUCGCACCCGCUCAUGUACGUCAAGGUGCUCAUUCAGGUUGGUCAUGAACCCUUGGCUCCUUCUAUGGGCCGUAACAUCUUUGGCCGGCCAGUUCUCCAGCUGCCUGGACUCUUUGCUUACGCCAAACAUAUUGUGAAAAUUGAUGGAAAGCGAGGCCUGUUUAAAGGCCUAACUUCCCGGCUGUGUUCAGGAGCCAUCGGGACCGUGGUACACAGCAAGGUGCUGCAGAGCUAUCGAAACAUGAAAAAUAGUGAGUGCUCAGACUUGGGAAAAAAUGCAGAUCCUUCAUCGUUGUAUCAUGUGUUUGAAGAGACAACACGGGAGAUGAUUGCUCGCUCCACAGCUACUCUUGUCACCCACCCCUUCCAUGUGAUCACCUUGAGGUGUAUGAUACAGUUCAUUGGGCGAGAAACCAAGUACAGUGGGAUAUUCAGUUCAGUAGUAACAAUCUAUCGGGAAGAAGGAAUUUUAGGCUUCCUUGCCGGCCUGAUUCCUCGACUCCUGGGCGACGUGAUUUCUUUGUGGCUUUGCAAUUUGUUAGCAUAUUUUAUCAAUACCUACAUUCUGGAGCCUCCCAGCCAGGUCUCUCAGAUUGGGGAGUUGAGAAGUUACUCACAGGCUAUAACUGGGUUCCUAGCCAGUAUGCUGACCUACCCCUUUGUCCUUGUCUCCAAUCUGAUGGCAGUCAACAAUUGUGGUCUGGUUGGUGGUCUCCCUCCCUAUGCUGCCGUGUACAGUUCAUGGAUUGACUGUUGGCGCCAGUUGAGCAGAGAGGGGAAUAUGAGCCGAGGAAACAGUCUGUUUUUCCGGAAGGCUCCAGCUGGGCGGAUGUAUGCACUUGACCAGAAACGAUUUGUGUAGAUGCAUGUGGCUCGGAGCUGUGAUUGGGAAAGAUGGUGUAUGCACUGAGACCUACAGCAUGGAAUGCAAGAGAUAAUGUGAAACAUGGAGCAUUCCAACACCAGGAUCUCUGCUCGAGAGGGUGCCAGGGCACAGCAAAAUUCCUAUUUCACAAGAGGUGGAAACGUAGAGAGGAGCUGUGGACCCUUCAGAUCUGCUUCACCAGUCAUCAAGGUCAUGGCUGAACAUCCACUUAAAUGUCCCAUCAGUGGCCUCUCCCCAAGUCUCUUUACAAUCUCUCGCCUCUGUGAAUAUACUUCAUGAUUAUUUAUCAAAAUAAACUCCAGAAUUUUCACUUUUA